ACUAUGAGGAUUUUAUCAAUGCUCAUUCAAAAUCUGCAGGAAUCGCGUAGAAAAGGACAAGAUGUAAUGUGGGAUACUAAUAUUCCUUCGAAGGUUGAGGUGGAAUAUGAUUGUAUGUCUGAACCGUUCACAAAACCACAAUUGUCCUCUACACUGAAACAAAGCAUCACCAUGGAGACUUUUAAACACAUUAUAACAGACCUGGCAACACAGUUAGAUAGAGUCACAACAAAGGUUUUUGGAAAGUCCCAAGCUUACAAUGUGGUGGAUGACUUGAGUUUGGAGGAGUGUGAAGUUUUCAUUGUCAGAUGGUCUGAGGAUCUGAAGUGUUUGCGUGGAAAAUACAGAAGCCACCUAGGCAAGAUAUUCAAUGUUGAGAGAUUCAAAAGGAGUCUGGAAGGUCUAAACACCAGAGAAGAUAAAGUUCAGAAACUGACAGAAGCUCAUAAAGAUUUUUACUGGUUUAUUUAUAUUUUGAAGUCACUUCCAAAGUCCUCAGUGUGUCGAGAAGGAUGUGCUAGAGUAGAGCUGUUGAAUCUUUACAGACUGUGGAAGAAAGGGCAGCUGAUCAGCAUGCUUCCUAUCAUGGACUUUAUCAUGAAGACACUACUCAAGGAAAAGGAUUCCAUUUUGAAACGGAGGCUUCAACAUAGAUCAGCAUUGAUGGAAACAGGUUCAUGUGUACCACUGGAAUUUAAACUGCAUAUUCUAAAAGACUUAAUGAUGAAAUUCUCACUUUAGCAUUAAUGUACCACCUUUGUGAUCAAACUGAAUGACAGCUCUCAAGGAAUGGGAGCCUGAGUGAGCCAAGAACCAUCACAAACAAU